AUGCGAAUAGAUAAAAAAUUCGUAACUGGAGAUCGUAAUGAAUAUUGUUCAGUUCCCAUAGAUUUUUUAGAGAAAUUAAACAGACAGAACAAAUUACAGCAUGAAGAUAGUUUAUUAUCCACCUUUUUUGAUAAAGGUAUCAUUGCUAUUACUAAAGAAAUUCAAAAGAUAACUUUACAUCCUACUGCAAAAUUAUUUAAAGAACACCUUGAAAGUUAUGUUGAAAAGCAUUCCAGAGGAUAUAUUAAAGAUAUUGAAAAACACCAUUGGGAUUCUCAUUUUUAUUCAGAAUAUAUGAUUAUCGAUAUUUGGUUAGCACUUUUCAAAGUAUUUUCUGAGGUUCUUAAAAUAAAGGCAAAUGCAGUGGACAAUUCUGAUCUUCUAACAAUUAAUACAAUUAUUAUGAAGGCUAUGUCUAGAGAGGAUAGAGAAGUUUGUAUUAAGUCUUCAAUAGUAGUAUUUGCACUUGCAGUUUGUAGUAUUGUCUUAAAUCCACAAAAAGAUAUUGCAGAUAUCCAUGAUGAUUUAAAAAAUAAUGAAGGUUUAAAAGAUUAUAAUGAUACCGUCAAAGGAGAGACUUAA